ACACUUUUCAUACACAACCACAGGACAGGAGGAAAAACUUGAAUUUCCUUCGAGCGACUCCAUUUUCUCGUUUUCUCGCGACUCCUCACGUACGACGAGGCUCCUCCAGUGCGACGACGACGGUUCGGGGAGGAAAGAAAGUACCUGCAACACCGUUCGCGAUUGUUCGGAGUCUGAAUUUUCCAACCUCCCGCAAACUGGGAAAAGGAGUUCAGCGAAAAGUAAUUGAACGACGAUGGUGAUGGUGAUUGAGUGUUUUGGCAGCACCAUCAGAAGCACUGGACGAAGAAACAGCAGCAGAGAACUUUGCACCCCCCUCGGUGACGGUCGGUUCUAGUGCCCGGAAGCAGGCGACGGAAGCAAGAAAAUGAAUCCAGAAACAUGAAAAACUAGUCAAAACAGAAGCAUCAGCGAUCUACCAAAAAUAAAAUAAGCGAAACAAACCAAAAAACAAGAAGACAUAGCGAGUGAGACCGAGCUCGGUGUCGCAAUCGACCAAAAACGUGUAACAUGGAGCAAUGCAAUAAUGAUCGUCCCUGUGUGAUCAGCAGCGGGAACUUUUUCCCCAAUGGAGCGCCGAAUCAGCAGAAUACCCACAACAAUAACAACAACAAUAACAACAUCAACCAACACAAGCAACGGCAGCAUCAGCACCAGCACCCGCACCACUCUCCGCCUCCGAUCAGCAAGCAUCUGACGCAAAAGCAUGACCCGAACCUGCACAGUCCGGCCAACGAUCAGUCGUCGCUGGGUGAGAUCGAGGUGAUUCUGGUCCAGCAGCACAAGCAGGAUGCCCUCUCGGUGAUCAUCCACCCGCAGGAGGGCAUGCAGCAGAUCAACAUGUGCUUGAGUGGGUCCGGCAAUCCCGGCUCGGUGGACUCGAUCAUGUCGUCGGACUUCCAGACCCUGUCGCCGAUGCACGACCGGGACUCGCCGGUCAGCAUCAGUGCGAACACGUCGUACGCCACGUUGACCCCGUUGCAACCCCUGCCACCCAUAUCGACCAUGUCGGACAAGUUCGCCUACUCCAUAGGGGGUAACAUCUGCGAGCCGUUUCCCGGCAUGAACAGCAGUUCCGUCGGGGUGAACAUCGAGAUUAACUCCUGCUACAAUCUGGAAAAGCUGGGCGUGAUCCAUUCGCCCGUGCACAUCAACUCGGUUCAGGAACUCUCUCCGACGGAUCUCCAUCAUCACGGGUUAGACAAAAAUCACGUCCUAAAGGACGCAAAGCUGGAUCACCAUUUGGAUAAGGACGUGGAUGUGGCGGACGGUAAGAACGAGUGUAUCCUGGUACGUGCCUCUCCGAUUCCUUCGAAUCUCAGCUCAGUGGACGAUCGCUUUCUGACGUCGGCGGCGAAGCCGGAUCUUGGCCGACAUAAGGACGACACCGACCAUUUCGCCAGUACAGUGCAAUAUCUGGACCAUCCGAGUGAUUCGGAUGUCCUCCACGGUGGGGGCGUGAGUGGACCCGGCGGGGCCGGGUCCGGCGUCAAAGACCACCACCAUUCGACCGUUUUUCUCAACAAGUCUUUCAGUUCAAAAGCAAACAUAAGCGACCUUAAUCUGUGUAAAGAAAUUGUUAUAGAUGAUGUUUACGAAGAGUCCGACCUGGACCACGUCAAGCUGGAGGAGAAAAAGUUAGAAGAUUCGCUAACCGGGGGCCACCACUCGUCGCUGUCGAACGGGGGCGGCAAGUGCGGCAGCGGUUCGAUGGGGGACGUGGGCUGCAUGAACGGUGACGUCGAGGAGAUCAACACCAAGGAGCUGGCCCAUCGGAUCAGUUCGGAGCUCAAACGGUACAGCAUCCCGCAGGCAAUCUUCGCACAGCGAGUCCUCUGUCGGUCGCAGGGCACGCUCUCCGAUCUGCUCCGGAAUCCGAAACCGUGGUCGAAGCUCAAGUCCGGCCGGGAGACGUUUCGGCGCAUGUACAAAUGGAUCCAGGAGCCCGAGUACCAGAGGAUGUCCGCCCUCAGGCUAGCAGCAACUCAAUCGGCAAAACCAGCAGUGAACGCUAAGAAGCACGAGGAACCGGAACCAAGUGUAAUGAUGGGACACUCGAAGAAACCGCGGCUAGUAUUUACGGAUCUGCAAAGAAGGACGCUUCAGGCGAUAUUCAAAGAAACUAAGAGACCUUCGAAGGAGAUGCAGGUGACGAUCGCCCGGCAGCUCGGGCUGGAGCCGACCACGGUGGGAAACUUCUUCAUGAACGCCCGGCGCCGAUCGAUGGACAAGUGGAAGGACGAAUCGAUGAAGGCGGCCCGGAACGGUGGCGGUGGCGGCGGUGUCGGAAGCAGCGGGCUCGGUCUCGGCAUGAUCGGCGGCGGCGGUAGCAACAGCAGCAGCAACGAUAACCUUAUCCUGGAGCACCUGAAGGACGACUCGUCGGACGACGCACUCGGCGGCUACGAUAGUUCGUUUGCGUCCGACGGCGGGCCCAUGGAACAUAACUAUCAGCAGCACGUUCUCAACUAAUAAAUUAAUUUAAUUUAAAUUCAAUAUGGACGCCCUGUCGCGACUCACACAUAGACCCACACACAGUCACAAAGCAGCAAGGCAAGCAAGUGUAGAACAAAUGGAAGCGAGGUCGAAACGAUCGACGGGGGAGAAUUAAAUGAAUUCACACGCGAAAAAAAAACAAAUAAGGAAAUGCAAACGCUAGCUAAAUAUAAACAAAAUCACAACAAUAUGAGGAAAAAGAAAACACAUUUAGUAGGAUUAAUCAGAGUACUACAAAACACAAAACAAGAAAAAAAAGUAACAAAAAAUCGUAGGUGUGUGGCUAUUCACGAAAGCUUGUGAGAAACAGAACAAAAGUAAAUAAUGAAAAUACAAGUAACUGAGUAAGGAUUAGUAGGUUUUCUUUGCAUUUUAAACCAAAUUUAAUUUAAUUUAAAUUAUUAACUGAAGAAGUAAAGGAAAACAAAAUCUAGUCUGUUCUUUCAAAAAACAAAAUAAGUACUAAGACAAACACUGUACAUGUACUGUAAAGUUGAACCCUAUCAUUAAAUGAUUUCAAAUACUGAAAAAGAAACUAAA